UGUAGCGGAAACAGCUUCUGGGUCCCCUUCCCAGCAGAGAAUUAAGGCUAAUGAUGUGCCCCGUUGCCAUGGAGACAUCUGUGAUGCCGUACACUGCUCCCAGGACCCGACAGGACUUGGAACUUUGGAAGCUGGUCUUCUCCCAGCUUGUGUCAGGCGCGGGUCCACGCUGGGGGCCGUGUUCCCCUCGAACCCUGCUCCAGACCGAGAUGCCCGCAGGAGCGGUCUGUCUAAGUCAUCACUCAGGAGGCAAACCUUGGUCCUUUUGUCCCACCCUCCUGAUGUUGCCUACCAGAACCAGCACGCCGAAGAAGCACAGUCUGGUGCCCAACUUGAUGGAGAAGAGCUUGGUGGUCCUCCGGAGCGUGGCCUGCCGGGACUGCCAGGCCCCAGAAUGGAAACUUCGCCAGAAACAGCGCUCCCUCAGCAAGUCGGCUCAGGCCAUCAGCAGCUACUACAGGAAGAUGAGCCAAGCCAAGCAAGACACUGGCCCCGAGGACGCCAGCUUCAUGUCCGAAGUGGAGGAACUGCGAAAGGCGUUUCUCAGGCGUCCUGGCUGCCCCCAGUUUAGCACCAGGGCCACGUCCGUGUCUCAUUUUGGUUCAGCCACGACAGUCGCUUUGCCUGAGGAGUUGUGUGUCGGCUCUGAGACCUGGAAGAUGAAUGAGGACUCGUUCUCCAGCCAGUGGGGGUCAGACACGAAGGCGGACGGGCGCCUCCUCCCCGUUAGUAAGAGUGCCUGCGAGUUCAAUUACUUUCGGAAGAAGAGCGAAUCCCAGACGUUGAGCCCGGUCACCAGCAGCCCAGUCCUAGCACAGAGCCACCCGAGAAACCGGAUACCCUGGUACAUCUCGGUCAUCCAUGAGAAGGAUCACUGCCUGUUCACGCUGGGGGAGGAAGUCCAGCGCCUCUCCGAGCUGCAGGUGCAGGUUCAGCAGAAAGACGAAGAGAUCUUGGCCCUCCAGGAGGAGAGGGAGGCCCUGAAGAAGCAGCUGAGAUACCUUCUCAACAGCAAAGGCCAAGAGACACCAGGGUACCAGGGCACGCAGGAGCGGCACUCAGAGUCCACGCCAAAGGCUCUGGGGAGGCUCAGCAUCCUGAGAAGCUUCUUGAGAGACGAGGAGGAGCAGCACCGCUGGCGGCAGGUCACCCCUUUUCUCUCUCAGAUGCACGAGGAGUAUGCCAUGAGCGACAGAGGCAAGGACACGGAAGCAGGCGGUGUUGAAGAGGAAGAGAGCCUGGAAGGGGAGGACGAGAGGGCGGCGGACAAGGGAGCAAAAGACCAAGUGGGCAGGAUGGGGUCUGUGCACCAGGAGCGAGGUGAGGAGGAGGAGGAGGAGGAGGCAGUGAAACUGGAAGAGGAAAGGGAGGUGCAGGAGGAGGAGGACGCCGACACUGACCCCAGCAGGAGGAGGACUUACUCCCUGGACGAGGCGUUUGAGCAGGAGCUGAUGGCCCAGCUGGAGGAGUACGAGCAGGUGAUCCAGGAGUUCCAGUUCGAGCUGGAGAUCACCAGGACCAGAUACUCCCUCGCAAUAGGGGCCAUCACGUCUUUACAACGACAAGUGGAUUUCCAAGAAUCCCAGCUGCAAAAGGUCAACACAGAAAAUGAGACGCUGCAGAAGGAGCUGCGAGAGCGGAAGCGUCAGUUACAGGCCAUGUCCGACAAGUUCUCCAACCUCCGAGAAGACAAGAAGCACAAAGAGAUGAUGGGGCUCAUUGAGAAGGACAACUAUCUCCUCCGACAGCAAGUGUCCGAGCUGGAGAGCGAACUCACCAAGCGGGAGCACACCAUCUCGGAGGCUGACGCCAAGGUCAGCCAGCUGCAGGCCCAGGUGGCCCAGAACCAGAACCAUCUGCAGAGGUGGAAGCAGCUGCAGGGGGAAAUGCAGGACAAGAACGAGAUGAUCCAGCAGGCGGAGGAGCAGGCCCGCGUGGCCCUGGAGAUGGCCCAGUCCAGGCUUGAAAGACUAAGAAACAAGAUCAUCCAGGCCACCUUUAGCACCUCAGGGAUCAAGUCUGUGGCCACUGAGAUCUCUGACAGUGACAUCCUGGAAGCCUUGCAGAAGAUCAUCUCGGAGAGAACCGACUACUACAAUCAACUGAAACUGAAGGGGGUCAAAGUGCCCCCCCCGCAACAGCUGGAGGUCUCAUCCUUGGCAGGCAAAUCCAAGAAGCUGCCCUCCAAGUAGGCCCAGCUGGGACCCAGGCCUGGCCAGC